CCUCUCGAGCACAGACAUCACUGGAGUAGUGGGUAGAUAUGGCUGCUUAGCUAGUUCCCUCCCCCUCUCUCGAACAAAUCAGUUGCAGCUUUGAGUAUGGCCCCACUGCUGUCAAAGCCAAUGACGUAUCCCUCCCCCCAGCCCACACACUCGCCCAGCCCCGCACUCUCCACCACCUCCCUCGCCUUGGCUGAAAUAAUUGCACGCACAUCCCGAUGACUCCCAGUCCCCUCCCAAUACACAUUGCAGGCCAGCUCGUAAAGGGGAGAUGGCCCACUGGGGACAGCCGGCAGCCGCAAUGGCACACGAGUGCCGUCAGCUCCGAAGAACACCCCCUCAGCGGCAGCGGUGCUGUCGUCAUUCUCAUGCCGGCCCUGAUUGCCGUGGUCGAGAAUGAGCGCAUGGACGCCGUGAAGCCCUCCCCGCUUCUCUCUCACGCCGAGCAUCGCAUCCUUGACGCGGCGGAGGAUUGCUGCAUCAUUCGACUUGACAGUGAAGGGCAGGUUGAAGGCCGUGAACCACGGGACGGCGCCGACCACUGCCACACCGGUGCGGGGAUCCCACACAGAAGGACCGAAGUCACUGCAGAGAGGCUGGUCUUGAUCAGCCGCAUCAUGGCUGAAGUAGCGCCUUGUUCGUCUUCGUGCGUCGACCAGGGUGCCAUAGACAGGAGCGCCGUACAUGAACACGGGAAUGCCGCACUCUUCACCAAGUGCUUUCCCAACCGCCUGUGCGUGCGCCAGCGCGUCACCGAGAGUGCUGUCGCCCAGCGGGUGGACAGAGAUGUGGUCAAUCAGGCCCACACGCGGAUGAGUGGCCUGGUGACCCUCCAGGCUGAGAUGCUUCCACAGAUAGCGGGACGCCUGCAGGACGCCCCCCAGCAGCUCAGGCGAGUGCCUCUGGUCUUUGUGCGUAUCAGCUGCAGUUGGCUGAGCCACGAGAGGUGCUGCGAGAAGGAAGCUGCUCCUGUUGUAGAUGGCGUCUUUGAAGUGAAAGAGCAGGGCGGCCCGAUGAGAAGUUAGGUGGGUCUGCACUUGGGCGAGGACCGCAGCGCUGUGCGCCUCAGAGAUGAAGACGUUGCACGCCAGAUAGCGACGCAUCUUUCAGAUCACCCUGAACAAGCAGACACAUGGGACGCCGAGCAGUGAAGCAUGAGAUCUCUGUGACUCAGUCUUCUUACAGAUCUUAUGCUCGACGUUUUCGUUAGUCCUCAGACGUUGAUCAAGGCAGUGGAGUUCACGACCCCCCAAAAGCACC